AUGUUUUUAUUCUUUUCAGGGCCACAACCGUUUCGCGGAUUUAUUCGGUUACUCAUUCGUCUUUGCAUAUCGGAUACAUUUACUUCAUCAUUAUCAGAUAAUACUAAUAAAGAUACAAUAUCUUCAUCAGUUGAAUCACAUUCAACAACAUCAAAUUUUACUCGUUAUCACUUUUUUAAAUUAAUUUUUUCAUUUUUUGGUCUUCAAAUUUCUUAUCUAUUAUGGGGUUUAUUACAAGAACGUAUUAUGACUCGUACAUAUGAUAAUGAAAAAUUUACAAAUUCUCAAUUUCUUGUUCUGGCUAAUCGAUUUUUAGCUAUGAUAGUUGCUUAUAUAUCAUUAAAAAUAUUUUAUCCAACGAAAAAAGUUGUAUCAAUAGGGCCACCAUUAUAUCAAUAUGGUAUUAUAUCCUAUGCUAAUUGUAUGUCAACAUGGUUUCAAUAUGAAAGUCUUUUAUAUAUUAGUUUUCCUGUUCAAGUUAUUGCUAAAAGUAUUAAAACAAUACCAGUUAUGAUUGUUGGAAAAUUUGUUUCAGGUAAAACAUAUCCAUUAAGACAAUAUUUAUUGAUGUUACUAAUGGCUGUUGGUAUUGCACUUUUUUUAUCUGGUUAUCAUGUAAAUGAUACAAUUAAAUUACCAUUGAAGAAAGCUACACAAAAUACAACAACAAUAAAUGGAUUGAUCUUACUUAUAUGUUAUUUAUUUUUUGAUGCUUUUACAUCAAACUAUCAAAAAAAAGUAUUUGAUCAUUAUUCAAUAUCGUUUCUUAAUAUGAUGCUUUCUGUUAAUUGUAUCUCAACAGUUCUAACUUGUACAUCUCUUAUUUUCAAUGGCACUCUACUUGAAUGUAUAUUAUUUAUGCAACGACAUCAAUCAUUUCUUAUACAUGCAUUUGCAACAUCAAUAUGUUCAUCAAUUGGACAAUUAUUUAUAUUUUCAACAAUAGAAGAAUUUGGUCCAGUUGUAUUUACAAUUAUAAUGACCAUACGACAAGCAUUUAGUAUUCUUCUAUCAUGUAUAUUUUAUGGUCAUUAUUUAAGUUGGUAUUCAAUUUUUGGUAUACAUAUAGCAUUUUUGGCUAUUUUUAUUCAUGCUUUUCAUCAAUUUAAAAGAAGCAAACAAUCAAAUAGUAGCGUCGUUUAA